AUGGAAGGCGUAGUGUAUGAAGGAUGGUUAGUUAAAUCUCCACCAGAGAAGCGGAUUGUUAAAGCCAAAUGGCGGCAAAGAUGGUUUGUUCUACGACAUUCAGGAGACUUACCCGGGCAGUUUAUGCUGGAAUACUUUACUGACAACUAUUGCAAGAAACUGAAAGGCAGAAUUGAUUUAGACGAAUGUGAACAGGUUGACGCUGGAUUGACGUUUGAGAGUAAGAAAACCAGUCAUCAGUUUAUGUUUGACAUAAGAACUCCCAAACGAACGUAUUAUCUUGUUGCAGAUACAGAGGCUGAAAUGAAUAAGUGGGUUGAAUGCAUUUGUUCUGUUUGUGGCUUGAAAAUUCAUGUUGAAGAAGAUUUUCUGGUUCCUCAAGAUGGUUCACAUAGUUCAAACAAUCUAUCAAAAGGGAGUUCAGCAGAUGAAAGAAGUUCCUCCAACCCAUAUAUUCCUAUUAGUGAGUGCCACACUGGUAAACCUGUAUUAAAUGGAAACCUUACAGGGAAUGGGUUUAGUGACCUACCCAGUGAGCCUCCUCCCCCUCCGCCAGACAAAAAUGACUGGAACUUGGAACAGUCUCUAUCCGACGAGUUUUACGACCAUCCGAAGCCUCUGGGUCGGUUAGAAUUGAACAGCGAACCGAUGUAUAAUGUGCCAGCAAGCUCAAAGUCAGAUUUUGGUAGUAUACAAGGGAAUGAUAUGUUUAAUUCUUUGGUAAGUCUCGAUCGGAAUGUCGACCUGGCCGACUUGGUUCCGCCAGUUUCCAGCACGAUUCCACGAAGAAAAGCCAGUUUAAAGUCUGAAGUGGAAUAUGACACAGUUCCUUCUUUUCAUGGGUCAAUCAAAGAAAUUAAACCGUCUCAAAGAAGUGUUCAAAGUUUAGCGAGCCAUUUCGAGAACAUAGCUGUGAAACCUUCUCCUGGAGCACAAGCCCAAGACAGUAAACCAGACUAUGUGAAUGAUAUUAAUGUUCCGCCUAGGCCACCUAAACCUUCGAAACUGAGAGAAAGGCACAGGUAUGAGAACUUUGAACUUCCUCAUAAGUUGUUGAAUGAAGAUAACGCAACGUACGACACUCCUCCGUCGAGUAAAGCUUACAAACAGACUUCGCAGCAACAGACGAAUUCCUUCUCGAGGAAUGACGUCGGGGAGGAUUUAUCGACUAACUCGAGUGUACCGCUGUCUUCUUCGGCGGGAAAAGAGUUGAUUCUAGACGACACGUACGACUUUCCUAAAUUUCGAAGCGAAGACAACAUCAAUGCCACCGUUCCGCUGGUUCAGGCAACUGGAACUUCGCAGAAGCCAAGGCGACAUGCCUACACCAACGCACCACCAGGACUGUUCAACAACAAAGAUCUGAUUUUCAACUACGAGUAUCGACCCAGUUUGAUGACGUCGGAUAACUAUUUCGGUGCCGACUCUGCGAAAAGUGCUUGUGCCAGUUCGGAUGCCAUCACGCCGCCGAGCCCCUCGGCAAUGGGGGCCUACGCCAAUAUUCCUCCUAGUCCUACUCUGCUUAAUUUUCAGAAUGAUGUGCCGCCUGCUGUUCAUAGGGACCUGAAGCCCAAGCGUGUUUUGAGCAAAGAAAAUAGACCGGCUGUUAGCUUCCUGACACUUCAACCACCUCCUGGCUGUCGAUCACGCACGAAAGACAGUGAAAGAAACUUCAGAAAAACAAGGGCAGCACCUAGUCCAACUCCAACGUCCAGUUUGGAUGCGAUGCCCCCGAUACCAAACAGAUUUCGUCAUCAGCCUGAUAUGUCUGCAACCUCUGACGAUGAACGAUCCAACUCGAGUGGGAGUCGGAGGAAUUCUUCUAAUGAUGAUCAGGCAAGAUAUCUCUUCAACCCUGCAAAAAAAGAUGAAAUACAAUAUUUAGAUCUAGAUUUAGACUCUGAGCCUUCACCCAGUCCGAAAUCUCCAGAGAGGAUGUCAGCAUCCACUGUGUAUAAAAAAGUCGAUUUUGUCAAAACGAAAGCCUUCAACGAGAUGAGACAAAAUGUCGAAGAAUCCUAUCGGAAGUCGCAGUGA